AUGCACAAUCUCUUCAAAAACCUUGGAGCCCAACAGAGAACACUCGCCAGCUACCGUAUAUUUGGGUCAUCUUCUGAUGCUUAUGUAGAACUUAUAGAGACAUUUGCCGGUGAUAAAGCUUUGCGCUCAGGCAGAGUCCUCCACGCUCACCUGAUCAUCAAUGGGUUGGCUCGUCUGACCCAUUUCGCUUCCAAGCUUAUAGACCUGUACGCCAAGUGCGGGCGAUUACCAGAUGCUCGAAAGCUGUUUGACAGAAUUCCCAAGACGAAUAUCCGCCGCUGGAUUGUCCUGAUUGGAGCCUACGCCAGCCGCGGCUUCUAUCAGGAGGCACUGGGUGUCUUCUGUGAAAUGCAGAGGGAAGGCCUGCGACCCAACAAGUUUGUUUUCCCCAGCAUUCUCAAAGCCUGUGGGCAUCUCUGCUGUCAAGAGAUUGGACUGAAGAUGCAUGCUGUAAUCCUAAGAUGUUCAUUUGAAUCAGAUGCUUUCGUCCAUAGCGCAUUGAUAGACAUGUACUCCAAAUGUGGGUCAAGUGAAAAGGCUCGUAAAGUUUUCGAUGCGAUGCUCAAGAAAGAUUUGGUGUCCUUGAAUGCAAUGAUCUCGGGCUAUGUGCAACAUGGUUUUGUCAAAGAAGCAUUGGAUUUGGUUGAAAAAUUGCAACUAUCAGGAAUAAAACCCAAUGUGGUGACAUGGAAUACCUUAAUUGCAGGUUUCUCACAAGCUGGGGAUGAGUCAAUGGUGUCCAACCUUUUUCAAUCUAUGCGUGUUAGUGGGGUUGAACCCGAUGUGGUAUCUUGGACGUCGAUCAUAUCUGGGUUUGUGCAAAACUUUCGUUACAAUGAAGCUUUUGACACAUUUAAACAAAUGUUGGAUCAAGGGUUUUACCCAAGAUCAAACACAAUUAGUGCCCUCUUGCCUGCUUGUGCAGGUGUGGCAGAUUUGAGGCGCGGGAAGGAGAUUCAUGGACAUGCAUUGGUAAUUGGAGUUGAAGAAGAUGUAUAUGUAACAAGCGCUCUUGUUGACAUGUAUGCAAAAUGUGGUCUUAUCUAUGAAGCGAAGAAGUUGUUUUAUGAGAUGUGUAGAAGAAAUACGGCCACUUGGAACUCAAUGAUAUUUGGAUAUGCAAAUCACGGGUACUGCAAUGAAGCAGUUGAGCUUUUUCAUCAUAUGGAGCAGGGGGAAGAGAAACCUGAUCACCUUACAUUCACAGCAGUGCUAACUGCCUGUAGUCAUGCUGGAAUGGUAGAACUUGGACAGAUUCUGUUCCACUCAAUGCAAGACAAAUAUAGAAUCAAACCAAGGUUAGAGCAUUAUACCUGCAUGGUGGAUCUACUUGGUCGAGCGGGAAGGCUAGCUGGAGCUUAUGAUUUGAUAAAGGCAAUGCCAAUUGAGCCUGAUUUAUUUGUUUGGGGAGCAUUGUUAGGAGCAUGUAGGAAUCAUGGAAACAUAGAGCUUGCUGAAAUAGCAGCGAAGCAUCUGUCUGAGCUUGAGCCUGAGAGUGCUGGAGGCAGGUUAUUGCUGACAAAUUUAUAUGCAGAUGCUGGUAGUUGGGGGAAUGUUUUGAAGUUGAAGAAAACAAUGAAGAGAAGAAAGCUAAUGAAGUUUCCGGGUUGUAGUUGGAUAGAGGCUGUUUGAUGCAUCAACAGAACUCAUUAAGCUAGCCCAGUAUAUUUAUUUUCUCCAGAAUAGAAAUAUGAAUGCUUGGGGAGCUCUGGUUGAACUUCUUUUGUCUCAUUCUGUGAUGACUGAUGAGCAAGUGCAAGAAUUAGCUUGUGGCACAGAUUAAACCUGUACUUCCUGGAGUGGGUACCAUAAUAAAAUAGAAUGACAAAAUACAAAGUUAUGUUGA